AUGGAGGAGCUGUCGCGGCCCCGGCGGUCCCGGCGACUUGCCGCCGCUGUCGUCGCCGUCGCCGGCGCCCUGGCCCUCGCCGCCGGCGUCGCCCUCUACGGCCCCGGCGCCGCCGCGGCGGCGUUGACGACGACCCUCACCGCCCUCGCGGACCCGCCGCCCUACGACGGCGGCAGCAAUAGUAACGCGGGCACGCCCAACGACCGGCCGGCGCCCGACGCCGCGUCCAAGACCUUCCAGAACAAGGUCAAGCUCGCCAAGAUGCUCGAGGCGGUGAACGUCGAGGGCCACUGCGAGAAGACGCCCUACGCGUUCUGCGAGUACGCGGGCUGCAAGGUGUUGAAGGCCGGCGGGCUCGCGAGCUGCUCCUGCGCGGCGGUCAUGGAGCAGAGCGUCUACCUGAACCUCAACCGCACGUCGGGCUUCGCGUCGUUCCUGCUGGCGCACAGCGACUACUUCGUCGACGCGGUCUCCCACUACGCGCGGGGCGAGUGGGGCGACAAGGAGCUCGUCGACCUCGUCUGCGACGCCAUGCGCACGCAGGAGUCGGACCACGCUCUCUUCCCGUCGCUGUCGCCGGACCUCAUCUCCUUCCCCCACUGGUCCGCGGACCGGAACCCCUACAAGGGGUUCGCCGACGACAAGGAGGCGACGUGCGAGAGCGGCGAGCUCGUCGUCGCGUCCUGCAUCGGCGCGCCCUGCUUCUUCGACUCGCGCGACUCCGUGGGCAACCUCAACGCGACGUGCUACUGCGCGACGCUGCCCUUCGCGUCGACGUCGAUCACGAUCCAGAGCUCCUUGGCGUCGACGAAGCGCUACGCGGACAAGGAGGCGCUCUGCGGCCUCUUCGACUCGGGCAAGUGCGCGCUGAACGCCGACGACGGCCUCCACGGCUGGUUCGGGUCCGCGGACCUCACGGCCGUCGACAAGCUCAACAUGAACCUGCUCGCCGUCGACGUCACGUCGAUCAGCCCCAUGAUCGCGCCGGAGGAGAACAUGUGCCGCGGCGCCUUCAAGGUCGUCGACUUCGACGGGUCCGUGACCACGUCCCGCGUCGUCAACAGCGAGCGGCCCUUCGACAAGGUCGACGGCGGCGACAGCUCCUAG